UAUUUAUGUCUCUGAAUAUAUUAAGAAUACAUAAUCAAAAAAAUUUACAGGUAAUAAUGCCAUCUAGUUUUCCUUAAUGAAUUUACAGGAAAUAAAAUCAAAAGAUUUGCAAAUAUAAUUGAUUCCACUAGGUAUGUCCAUGAUGAGGAAAGCCCAGGAUGUCAAAUCAUAUUUCAAAACAACAGAUUUUCAAGAAAAUACCGACCUGAGAUUGAGAAAUUUAUAGCACAGCUGAUGGAGAGAGAUGCUUGUGAUUCAGAAGUUCUGCCUGAUCUAAAAUUGAAGGCAUCAACUCCAUCCUGUGUUGAUAUCAAUGAAAAAUUAGAUGCAACAAUGAGAACUUCUGAAAUGUGGGAGGCUCAUGCAAUUAUUGGUGCUGAUCAGUUUUACAGAGAGUGUAUUGUGGACAAAAUGGGUUUCCAGCUGACAGGAUAUGACACAGCUCUGACGUAUGGCUGGGAAAUUCCUGUAUAUGAACAGAUUUUUCUGGAUGCCUUGCCAGCAGAUGAAAAACCUCUAAAACCUGAAAAGACUAAGCAGAGUUGCUUUAAUUGUGGUGGUGAUCACAGAAUUAAUGAGUGUACAGAACCCAAAGACUUUAGAAGAAUCAGGGAAAACAAGAACAAAUUCCUGCAGCAAGCACAGAUGCAGAAACAAUCGUAUGGAUUGUAGGAUUAAAAAGAAUUCCUUUAUUAGGGCCCUGCUC